CCUCACCGUCGCCAGUUCACCUUCCUUUCUCAUCUUCGAAAUCGCCGUCGUUCUCUCUGCUUUUCUCUUCUCCAUCAACGAAGAACAAAAGACUAAUCAUUUUUUCUUCCCAGAAGGCCAGAAUGAUAACAACACAAACAAAAAAUCUUUCUCCUCUCCACUCUAUCGUCUUCUUUCUCUCUUCAAAAAUGCCCAGAUCCGAUUGAAAUCCCUCCCCAUUCCCGAUAUCCCUCGAUUUUCCACCUCACGACGGAGAUGACGACGACGGUGGUGAUGGCGAGCCACUGGUGUCGCCACCUACGAUAGAGCAGCCGCAAGCGGAGAUGCUUGACGAUGAGAGAAACUCCUACGAUUCCCAAUCCCAAAGUCGAGCCCCUUUGCCAAAUCCCCAAUCUCAGAAUCCACUUCUCCUUGGCGGCGAUUUGUAGUGUGGGGUUCACCUUUUUAGUGGUUCUGGGUUAUUCCCGAUCUCCUUCUUCCCCAGUUGAGAAAUAAUGGCUGCUUCAACGGAGAGGAGUGCUGAUUUGGAGAGCAAGGAAACAAAAUGGGAAGAAAAGAAUUAGGGAGAGGGAAGAGAGAAGCAAUAAUGGCUGCGAGUGUAGAGUGCCAGGUCUGAUUCAAUCGAUGGAGAUUCUAGGUUUGGAGAAGUCUCCAUAUCCCAAUCGACCGCUUCGUCUUCCAAGCAACCAUCGCCAUCCACUGAAGCAAUCUCCUCUUGGAGAAGAUGAAGUCUCAGAACGAGAGGCUUUGAAUUUCCAUUUGAAUUUCAUCGACCCAGUUGCGAAAAUCAGCCUGCCCAGCAAGCUCUCCAGCGGGGCGUGAGUGGGAACCGGCCGAAGUAGAGAAUCGGUUUUGCCCAGCUCAUCUCCUCACAGUUCUCCCUUUUCAAACCCAGAUCUGGGAAUUCGCAUCCAUCAUUGGCAUCAAACUUUCUAUCCCUCCGAGGUAGAGUGAAUUGAACGAAGCUUGGAUCGUUGUGGCGUUCACUUGAACGGGAUUGGCCACUCUGCUCAGAACGACCAUGAAGAACACUUUGUUGCUGUUCCAAAGUCCUCGUAACAGUGCACGUCGUCACACUCGUCGGGACGGGGGCUAAUUUGAUUUUCCAGGCGAUGACGGUCCAAAACGUGUUGUAGCAGAGCAGAUGACAGGUGGUGGGAGGGGAAGAAUAAAUUAAUGUAUUAAUUUUAUUUAUUUAUUUAUAAAGUAACAUAUGGCGUGGCACUUACGUGUCAAAUUUGGCUGAUUUAUGAGCUGACGUGUAUGCUGAGUGGACGCCUAAUCAGCGAACAAAAAAGUUAACGGUGUUACUAACACCGUUAAAAUAUCUAACAGAAAUGGCUAUAUUUGUCCUACAACAACUUUAAAAGCUGGCUAUAAGUGGUAUUUCUCCAAAUUUGGCUAUUAUUGGCACAAAUUACUGAAACAUGUCACAUUUAGUCACACGAAUUACUGAAACAUGUCACAUUUAGUCACUCUCCCAUUAGUCACACAAAAUUGAUAUUAAAUUUUUCUAGUGACUAAAACAUGACUCGAUGUAGUAAUCUUAGUGACCAAAUGUGGCAUAAACCCUUUUUUUAUUAGUCAAAUUUAUUGAAAUAUUAAGAAUUUGUCAAAUGUUAACUUUCCGUUAGCAAUUUUGUUAGUAGUAUUGACGACUUGGGAUACGGUAAGUAACCACUUGGUUACUGAUCUGCCAGUAAUAAAUAGGGACCGUAGAUCUAUGGGCGGGACAAUCGUGCAGUUGGGCUGAACGCAGGGGUGAAGAAGGGUAUUUUUGUUCGUUUUUACAUUAAAUUUUAUUAUUUUAUCCCGUAUUUAUUAGCUAUUUUUUCAAAGGAGGAGAGAGAAAUAAUCAUUUCUAUGCAACUCUCAUUUCUCUCUUCCUUUUUCUCUCUCAAUCACCUUUCCAGAUCCUUUUUUUCCUCUCUUCCCUUUUCUCUCCCAAUCUCCUUUCCAGAUCUAGAUCUGCUCUCUUUUUUAAUUCAUUUUUUUUCUCCAGCAAUUGACGAAUAGAAAUUGCAGUCACCCUUUCAUUGCGUUUCUUCUCUUCAUCAACUCAUUUUUUUAUUCAUUUUUUCCGAUCUUUCUCCUUUUUUUUGGCGUUUGGUGUUCUUGUUUGAGAAGGAAAUGAGAUGAGAUAAAAGACAAAUUUUUUUUCUGUCCCUCCUUUUUUUUUUCUUUUAGGUAAUAUAUAUUGAUAUUACCACACUAUACCAUAUGAUAUUGGGUGAUAGCGAAAUAUAAAUUGAUAUUACCACACUAUAUCAUAUGGUAUUGGGUGGUAACGAAAUAUAUAUUGAUAUUACCACACUAUACCAUAUGAUAUUUGAUGGUAAUCGACACCAAUUUCGUGAAAUUAUAUAUAUUGGAUCGUAGAGGGUUGUAAUUAGAUUUAUUUUUUUUAUAUGGUUUUUACCUUCUCCUACAUGUGAUAUUGCAUGAUAAUUAUAAUUAAUUUGUGAUCAUUCAAUUUACAAUGUUCUACUAUGGUGGUAUUCUAUUGUGGUUAGAUUUAUAAUUUUUGUAGCUUGUUUUACCAAGUUAUACCAUGUGGUGAUAGUUGGAUUUGUAAUUUUAUUUUAGCUAGGGAUGGCACUAGGUCGGGUCGGAGACGGAUAGUGCAUAUUUGUUACCCUACCCAAAGUAGUUCGGGUUUUACCAAUAUCCAUACCGAUACCCUACCCAAAGUAGUUCGAGUUUUACCCAUACACAUACACAUACCCAUAUAAGAAACGGAUAGAAAAUCAAAAUCAUGCUCAUACCCGUUCGGAUUUUGGUUAUCCACUUCUCUUUAUAACUCCAACCAAUAUGUCAAUAUUCACGUGUAUUCUCAUAUUACGUAAGACGAAAAGUAUGACAAUAAUUCACUAGAAGGAAAAAAUAUCAUUAAAACAACACAAUUUCAUUAAAAUAUUAUAUUUAUAUGCUAAAUAUAAAAUAUGUUAGAGAAAAAUAAUGAUUAUUUCUAGACAAAAUACAUAUGCAUGUGUAUAUCGGGCGGGUUCGGGUUGGAUAGUGAGAAAACCAUGAUCAUCCAUUAUCCGCAAUAUUCGGGUUUGGGUUAUAUCCGUACCUGCUAAAAAUCCUUCGGGUUCGGGGUUUAUCCUACCUGACAAGGUCGGAUUCAGGUGGAUAUCCACGGUUACAGAUAUUUUUGUCAUCCCUAAUUUUAGCAUGUUAUACCAUAUGGUAUGGUAUGAUAACUAGAUUUGUAAAUUUUCUUAGCAUGUUUUACCACGUUAUACCAUGUGGUAUUGUAUGUUAGUUAGAUUUGUAACUUUUUUAGCAUGUUAUACCACCAUAUGGUUUUGUAAAUUUUUGUAGCAUGUUUUACUACAUUAUACCAUGUGGUAGUAUAUGGUAGUUAAAUUUGUAAUUUUCUUCAACAGAUUUUAUGAGGUUUUACCAUGUAAUCAUAUUCAUAUUUGUAAUUACCGUCUUUAGCACUUAUUUAUUGAAUGAAAAAAUCAUCAUUCAAUUUGAGUUGGAAAUAGUUGGGAUUAGAUUCAUUUUUGUUGUAGAUGGGAGAGAGAUAAAAUAAUAUAAAUUUUCUUUUAAUAAUAAAAGAAAGAGUGAGAGAGAGGGGAAUGCGUGUGGGGGAGUGAGGUCCGCAUCCGGUCAAAAUUCAGCGUCAGCGUCAUCAAUAAAUAGGGGUGUGUGCAAUUUUAUCUUACUGCCCUUCCGCAUUUAGUUUAAAUAAAAAAAAAAUUGAUGGGAUCGAGUCCCUAGUAUUGACUUGGCUUGGCAACAUGAUACUGACUUGUAAGAGACAAAUGACUUGUAAGAGACACAUAACGUAGGAUUCAAUAAGCUCCACAAUUUUUCAUGUCACUUUUGUCAUUUUAGUUUUUCCCAUAACGUUAGCAUAACUGACAGAGUCUCGGAGUCUCGAACACAAUUAAAGUUUGUAAUGAAAAUUACUAGGUUUGUCAUACAAUCAUAAAAAUUGUGGUUAUAUUUGUCGCAAACAUUAAAGUUGUGAUUGUGAAAAUUGUUCUAUCUAAACGAACAAUGAAAAGAAUAACAAUAGCUCACAUAAUUUUUCAUAGGCUCCUUGGAGACCCAACUUCCAUCAGCCCUCUCAUACAUAUUUGCAUACAAUAGCAAUCGACGGGCUCUCCCUCUACUGCAUCACCCUGCUCCUCACCUUCCUCCAUGUCAGUUGGCUGCUCCUGCUGCUGCUUUUUCUUCUCCUAUUGAGUGUCAGAAUCUCAACGCAGAGAGGGUCUCUAAGGCAAACAAGUGGGUCUCUUUCUCAGCGCAGAGAGAUAUCCGAGAUUAAUAGAGAUGAACACAUGUAAAGGAAGUCGCGAUGUGCUAUUAGGCAAAUGGUUUGGCUAAUCUACCUAGUUACACCGAAUCACAUACAUAACAAAGAGGAGAAAUUAUGAAGGGAGUGAGGAAACUGAACAAUGUAUUUACAAUAUGCUCUGAAGCUAAUGUGCAUGAAAGCUGUCGACUUUAUCAAGCCUCGCAGUACCGGAGCUGGAGGAUUCACCCAUCGCAUCAGGUGAGUUUGCCAUCUGAGAAGGCUCUUUCUUCAGAGAAGUUGGCAUCCCUGAUAUCUCCUGACAAACAUACACAACCCGCAUAGCAAAUGGAAAGCUCCAUUAACGGCAGGCCACAAGCAAUGCUACCACAAGUCAUUUACUACAAUUUGAAUACAAAAGCAAAAAGACAGAUGUAGUCGAUGAUUAUAGGACUGUGAAAACAUAUUCAGAAUCCUAGUCUGCAACUCAUCCGGAAGCUAAGACACUCUUGUAUUCUAUUACAGCCAUUUAAGCAACAGAUGUUUGGAAACAGGAAGUUUGCAAAGGGGAGUGUGGUAGAUCACUACCUUCAUGAGAUGCAAUCUCAUGUCGCAAGGGCGAACUUGGUUCCCGAUACAUGCCAUCACAAACUUGGAAUAGUUGAACAAUAAAUCAGCAGCAGCUUCCUUUUUCUCUUCAAUCUGCCAAUUUAGUCAUUAUACAUAAACCAUCAUCAUACUUUUCUCCUAUCUAACAGUAAACCAAUCACAAAGUAGAGACUAUUUUGCACAAUCAACCAAGAACACCCAGCUGAGAGAGAUUCAAUCCACAAGGAAGAAAAUCUGCCAAUUUGGUCAUUAUACUCCAAAAUUUCCUAAGAUUUAGAUACCAUAACUCAGAAUUUCUAGGGUUCCAGGCCAAAGGUUCAUCUAAUUCUCGAUCAAUUAACAUCGAGAAACCUCUAAUUAAGUUGCAAAAGAAUUAGCCGCCACUGGUUUCAUUUGACGACAACAAGGACCGGUAGAAAGUCGAUACCAGAGAAGGAACCUGGAAGGAGAAAUAUUAAACAAAAGAAAUGAAGCUAGAGAGAGUAAAGGAUUGGUUACCUCGUAGUCUUCUUUCAUUUGCCCAAAAUCAGAUCUCGAUCAAACAAGACAGCCCUCUCUGCGCUGAGAUUUGCUUUGUUUGCCUUAGAGACCCACUUGUUCUUUAACAGAUCUGAGAAAGGUACGGGUUCCUCCACCAAACCACCAGAAUCGGGUUCUGGAAAGAAGAAGACGUCAGAUACACAUGCAGCAGCAGAAUCAAUGAAAGAUAAGGAGAGAUAGAACCAAUUAAUGAAAGAAAAUGGGUAUUGAAUCGAGGACAGAGCAGCUCUCACUGAGAGCUAUAUAGCAACUUGUGCAUUGAACUUCAACUAUAUGUUAGCAAUAUACAAUCAUAUAAUAGCGACUCAAAAAUUAGGCUUCAAAGCUUCGCCCCUGGAGGUACUUGCUACAUAAAUUUGGCUUGUAAAUCUGUCUAUACGAUAAAUCUAACAAAGAGCAAAUACAAAGUUCAUAUCUUUUCAAUAAAAAACGAAGAUUGAGUAGAUAACUUGAUCUAAACCAGAAUUGUAGAUCUAUUUUCCACAGACAAAACGAGGGUUAUACCUUGGUUUGCGCCGGAUCCAGCUAUUAGUCAGACGAAACCAUACCACGGAGAUACAGAGCCAAAGCACCGGUUAAGAGAGACAACGUCGGACCUUUAGAAAUCAUAAAAUUGCUGUACUUGUUAAGUGCAACACAACCAGAUGGAGAUAUUUUAGUACAAUACUGCAAAGCAAGCAGAUUUCGACAUAGGAGAUAAAAAUAAGUUGGGAUCUUUUCUAUGAAAAGUAAAGGAUUGAGGGUCUGCACCGUGCGAUCUAACCGAAGGAAGCAGAAAGAGGCUCUCUUAACCGGCGGAGGGAGAGGAACCGGUGGAGAUUCUUCUUUCUUCGAAACAACUAGGAGAAAGGAAGAGAAGAGGAGAACGGAGGAGAUGGGCGAGACGGAUAGAUAUGCAACAAUGCAACAUACGGAGGCUGGGUAAAGUCAUCAAACCGGUCAAGCAAGUGUUUGAGGUUUAUUGGUCAGAUUGAGGUCCAACCGAUUUGAGUCAUUUAUACAUUUUCUAAAUAUAUAUAUAAAUAAGAUAGUAAUUAAAAAAUAACGACUAAAAUAAAAUUUAUUUUACAUU